AUGGUGACUGUGGGGUCUAGGAAUACUACAUCCGCUAAAACAAAUGUGCCGUCUUUGGAGAAAGGAGAUCCGUGGUUUGACGAUGGCAACAUUGUCUUGUUAACAGAAGAAUCUAAAGUUGCGUUCAAGGUCCAUCGUGGCGUGUUAGCCAGACAUUCCGAGGUCUUCGAAUCGAUGUUUGCAAUACCACAACCAGACGCAGACCUCGAGCUUUACGAAGGAUGCCAGGUGGUCCAUAUGUAUGAUAUACCCACUGAACUAUCGGAUCUUGUCGUAGCUCUUUACGACGGGGUUGUUUUUCAAACUCGAAAUAUUGUAGAUUUCUUCUAUCUCGCUGGUAUCUUGCGCCUGUCUACGAAGUAUUUUAUCAGCCAUCUUCGCACGAAAGCAAUUUUGCACCUCACUCAAACUUGGUGUUAUGCACUGGAUGCCCACGACAGAAUGAUUCAGCGCGCUCUUCAGUCUCCAAUCACCGAUGAUAUCACUUUCCCUUAUGCUCACCCUCUCCACGUCCUCAAUCUAGCACGCGAGGUGAAUGUACAGAUCGUCAUCCCAUCGGUCCUUUAUUACCUGACUUUGUACCCAUUGGCCGAUAUUCUACGUGGGGAUCAUCCUAAACUGCUAUGCGAGCAUCCGUCCAGACCAUCUUGCCAGCUGUCUUCUAUCGAUCUUAAGGACUAUACUCUGAUGUUCCAACAUCGCUGGGACCUGAUGCUUCGUUUUGUUCACGAAUUCUUUGGGGAAAGGUCUGCAGAUAUGACUUGCCUGAACGGACAAGCUAGUUGUACAAAUGGCUUUGCUCGGCAUGCAAAUCGACUUUCUCGAUCCUGGAGGUCUAGGACCUCUCCGUUGCAUUAUAUGAUGCAAGCUACGCAAGAACUGGUCAGCGACGUUAAUAUCUGCUUCGUAUGUCGAAAAAUCUUUGAGCGAGACGCGAUCGCUCUCCGUCAAAAAGUGUGGGACGAACUCCCCACCGUUAUCGGGUUGCCCACAUGGGAGGAGCUAAAAGAGAUGGAUCUACCAGUCUGA